CUUAUUUAUGCUCCCACUAUAGAAUUGCUACCUCCCUACUGCUUACUCCUCGUUCCCGGGCCCUCCACAAUCUCUCCCCAAUGUCGACCUCGAUAAAAUUAGACUCUCCAGAACACUUCCGCGCUCGCAGGCGCCGCCGGGGAUUUUCAACUAACGAUGCUGCCCGCACGAAUGUGUCCUCCCUGUGCCAGCGGUUACCCCACUCUCUCGAGGCACUCGACCUUUCAUCUGCAUCUGCCAAAGAAACCCUCGCAACCCUGCGAUUGCUCAUCCUUUCAUAUCUCGCUGACGUUGAAGCACGCCUAAAGAGCAUUGAACCACCAACGCCAGGAGGCCUGAGCGAGUCGCUCAAGGCAAAGGGCGAGCUGAAGGCAGAGGAGGCCCGCGUCUGGGUGAACGAUACCCUCGAGAUGCUGCACAGCAUCCGCUCAGACGUCCACUCCCAUCUCCCCGAGCUCCAUUUCUCCGACCUCUCUGUUGAAUCUCUCAAGGCUCAUCUACCCGACGUCCGCUCCCACUUCCCCGCCAUGACCUUCUCCGACAUUUUCGCCCUCCUCGAGGAUGCCCGCCACCGCUUCUCCGACCUCGACAUUUCAACAUUCAAAUCCCCCACCUCCUAUCUCCCCACACUCUCUGACCGCCUUCACUCGCUGCAGUCGCACCUGCGCUCGGUCGAUUUGAAAUCUGGCGAGCUCUCAAUAAACACCGGCCACCGCAUCUCAGAGAUAUUUGAUGCCAUCAUGUCGUCGGAACUGGUUACUGAGCUUUCGGACGACGUCACCGAAGCAGAAGGCAUGAUUGAGCGUGCCGCAAGGGACGUCGGGCUGGCGGUGAAGCGCUCUCUUGAGGGCGCGAAGCUCAUUACGUACAUGGACCUCCCUCCACAAUGGCGAAACAAUCCUUUUGUCACCGGCGGCUAUCGCUUUAUACCCAUAGAAAGGUGGCCGCUGAUCGUGCUUUCUCUGUUUGAAAUACACAACGAAACUCUCAAUAUACAUACUCACCUUGUCCCGCUAUUACUCUGGGUCCUUAAUGUCGUCCCUAUAUUCAAUGCGACCUCAGUUCAAGAUAUUCCGGAAGUCGCAUUCAUCUCAUUUGCCCUCCUGUGCCUAUCCAGCAGUGUCCUCUGGCAUACCAUGGCUGGAUGCGCGCAUUUCCGUGGCAUGGAGCUCUGCGCGCGCAUCGACUACGUUGGCAUCGGAUGGCUUAUCAGUGCAUCGGUCGGCACGGUCGUGCACUACGGCUUCCAGUGCAACCCCGACGUCGGGCGCUUCUUCCUGCUCUGUUGUCUUGCCACAGGCGUCGCCGGAAACGUCUGCCCAUUCUUCCAAUGGUUCGACGAUCCCGCGUACAAGUCCUGGCGCAUCCUUUUCUUCCUCUGCAUGGGCUUCACCGCUAUCGGACCGCUCGCGGCGCUUGCGUACCUGCACUCGUAUCAGGAGGUCAUGGCAUUUGCUGCGCCUGUCCGGCCAUCAAUUGUGUCAUACCUCGUCGGUCUCGUGUUUUACGCAUCGCAUAUCCCUGAGCGGUUUCUCUCGGCGCGCUACGCAAAGUGGCUCGACUGGUGCGGCGGCGGCUCGCACGCGAUCUGGCAUGCGUUUGUCGUUCUUGCGAUCAGCCAGCACCGCGUUGCCAUCGGCGCGAUGCGCAGCGGUAUCCAGUGUCCCGCAUGAGCUCGGUGCGCUCAUUGGUUAUCACCACGAGUUUCUUCUAGAGGGCAGGUCCUGGUUCUUGCAGCAUUUGAUUUGGGCUGCUUUCAUCAUCUACAUCGUACAUACUGUUACUUAUUUGCUCAAUUUGGAGCUUCCAUCUCACCGGGACAUUCACUCAUUACACGGUAUCUCACAUGGUUUUUGUUGUCGGCAUUGCAUGGGCACAUUGUACAUAUCUGCAUUGCCAUCAUCAUCGUGGUUCAUUGGCGCCCUCGAUCACUUCUUCUCGUCGCAUAGUUUUGCUGUCGUAUUUAUGAUACAGAUAAAUUGGAUGCAAUCCUAGGGGUUGAUUCUACAAUUCAAAAUGGGAAGACAUGCUUUGGGUAUGUGUGACAAACGCGAAUUGGACAUAGGUAACCAAGAGACAAUAGGCUAAAUGAGCUUCGCUUCGCGUUUGGCUUGUUGUACCUGGGCAAGACGGUGGUUCCGCAACGUUGUAGAUGAACUUUGCGUCCCUUUCUUCGCGGUACCCGUUCCCCCUGGAGGUGCCACUGUUGACUGUGAAAGCGCGAUACGUGUGUCGUCCGACGCAAAACCGGGGAUACGU